GUUAUACAAGAAACAUGUUUUUUCGUGCCUGUCAGCCUUGUCUUUCACGACAAACACGCGUUUUACUCAAUAACGCGAUUCCCAGUGUCAGCAGCAAAAAGGUUCCCCCUGGAUCCGAUAAUAGCUUAUUGGGAAAGCUCAAAACGGAGUCGAAGAAGGUUUUGAAAAUUCAGCUUUUUUUAGUUCCUGUGUGUGCGUUAGGAAUGAUUUUUAUAUUUCCAACGCCUUCACCUGAAGAAGAACAACGGAUGCGCUUGGAGUACGAGAAAAAUGCAGGAUGGAAAACGUAAAGAAAGGCGCAUUCACUGUUGUAAACGAUAUUUUGACGUAUAAUUACUUCAUCUGAGUCGAUUUUACUUGAAGGAAAAGCUCCCAUGAAACCUAGCCACAUAUUUUCAAUAUUUAGUGCAUGUUUUGAUCGGCAAUACCUCACUUUUUUUUGAGUAUUCCACAAGCAGCAGCUCCGAUUUCUCAAAAAUUGUGUUAGAGCAAAUGGGAAUGCUAAUUAACGUCAUUUUAGCAUUUAAAUAGUUCCUUAAAUGCUU